AUGCCAUCGAAAGCACCGUCUGAGGAGGAGGUCAAGCAGGGUGCUUUCUCGUACGCGAGAGCAUGGGGAGUCAAUCCCCUCCCGCCUACCGUCCUCGCGACCCUCAUCACCGCACAGCACAUGCGACCCUUCCAUGCGCUACCUAUGCUGUUCCCUCCCAUCCUGCUCUUCUCAACAUAUCUCAACUUACAGGGCUUCAAGAAAGAUUCUGCAGGUCUGACGAGUGCAUGGUCGAUGGCAUACUUGGUGCUCGCUAGUCGGAGGAAAGCACCAUUGAUGCGAAAGUUCGGAGCCAGAGGCAUUGUGAGAGGCGCAACGAUGGCACUGUGUCUGGCCAAUGCUGUCGGCGGAGGCUGGGCAUAUUGGACUGGGAACAGCGAAAAGGAGGACAGCAUUGUAUGA